AUGUUGGAGUCUAUUGUGUUAAUUCUUGGCAUAGCAGUUUCUUGCUCUGCGGAGCUUCCACAUGAUAGAUUUUCCAUGAGUGAUGUUUCUGCUAAGCUAUCAUCUAUUAGAAACAAGCUUGUUGGAACUCGUCGCCAACAAAGGCGAAGAAUCCUUGCAGGUAAAGAUUCUACUACUGCUGUGCACGAGGUGAUUGAUGUUUUGCAAAGCUGCUUAGCUCUUUUGAUCAGUAAGCAGUGUUCUAGUGAUCAUGAAGGCUAUUUAAGUCAUAACGACUUGAUAGGAAGCCUUCCUCUAGAUUUUGGUAACGCGUUGCCACAUCUUCGAUCGUUUUCAAUAUCAAAUAAUCGAUUUGUUGGACAAAUUCCAGCUUCGAUAUCCAACUCCUCAAAUCUAGAAGUUCUCCAAUUAGGUGAGAACAAUCUUCAAGGCCAAGUUCCUUGUUUACACAAGCUAGUAAAGCUUACUCGCCUCGGCCUUUAUACUAACUCACUUGGGUACGACCAAGUUGAUGAUUUGAAAUUUGUAUCUUCCUUGGCCAAUGCUACCGAUUUACAAGCGUUAGACAUAAGUCAAAAUAAUUUCGCGGGAGUUUUUCCUAAUAUUAUUUGUAAUUUCUCAACACUUACCUAUAUAAUAUUAAGCCAAAACCACCUAAUUGGAGAAAUACCAAAUUGUAUUGAAAACGUAGCAAAAUUGCAAUAUUUUGCUGCUGAUCAAAAUGCAAUUUCGGGGGUCAUUCCCCAUAGCAUAGGGAAGCUUCAAUACCUCUACUUUUUACUUUUACGAAAUAACAAUUUGUCUGGAGUUAUUCCACCUUCAAUCGGAAACUUAAUAAAAUUAUCUAUUUUCGGCUUUUCCGAGAAUAGACUUGUAGGACAAAUACCAUCGUCUCUUGGAAAUUGUAGUCUGCUAACAGAAUUGGAUAUUUCUAAUAACCAUCUUAGUGGCAGGAUACCGUUACAACUUUUUAGUCUCCCCGCCUUGUCCUUGGUACUCAACGUAUCCAGAAACCACCUUAUCGGAUCCCUCCCUGAAGAAGUUGGGCGGCUGAAUAAUCUUGACGCCCUUGAUGUUUCGCGUAACAUGUUAUCAGGUCAGAUACCAAGCUCUCUUGGUAGUUGUGUGUCGUUAGAGUAUCUCUACAUGCGCGAAAACAAUUUUUAUGGCACCAUUCCUAACACAUUGGAGACGUUAAAAGGUCUCUAUUGGUUAGAUUUGUCACACAACAAUUUAUCUGGCAAAAUCCCAAAGUUUUUAUCGAGGUUCCAAUUGCUAGGGGCCCUCGAUUUAUCACAUAAUAGUCUUCAAGGUGAAGUACCCAUUGGUGGAGUCUUUAGCAACGCGAGUAUUGUAGUACUAGAUGGAAACAGUAUGCUUUGUGGAGGAAUUUCUGAGUUAAAAUUGCCUCACUGCAAUGAUUUUAGCCGCGAUACUCAGAAAAGAAAGCCAAAGAAGCAUAAGAAGAAAUUACAAGCAACAAUUGUUUCAGGGAUUUUUGGGGUUAUUUUGUUAGUGGCUUUACUUGUAUCACUAUAUAUAUUCAGGCAAAGAAAGAGUAGGCACUCAAAUAAGGAAAUUUUAGCUUCUGAAGUUUCAGAAAAUUUUCCUAAUUUGUCUUACCAAACUCUUCUAAAAGCCACAAAUGAGUUCUCCUCAAACAAUUUGAUUGGCAGUGGUACAUUUGGGCUUGUUUACAAGGGAGUUCUCGAUGAUAAUGGACCAACUGUUGCCAUCAAGGUGUUUAGUCUAGAGUAUCGUGGUGCGUUGAAGAGUUUCAUGGCUGAAUGUGAGGUCCUUAGAAGCAUUAGGCAUCGAAAUCUAGUUAAGGUGAUAACAGCUUGUUCGAGUGUUGAUUAUCAAGGAAGAGAUUUCAAGGCUUUGGUUUAUGAGUACAUGGGGAAUGGUAGCUUAGAUGAUUGGUUGCAUCCAUCGAAAAUGAUUGAAGGCACAAGUAAUAACUCAAGGAAUAUGAAUUUUCACCAAAGGCUUGACAUUGUGAUCGAUGUUGCAUUUGCUUUGGAUUAUCUUCACCAUCAUUGUGGUGCUUCCAUAGUUCAUUGUGACCUGAAGCCAAACAAUGUUCUCCUUGACAAUGAAAUGGUUGCGCGUGUUAGUGACUUUGGGCUAGCCAAGUUUCUCCUACAAGACAACAUCAACUCUCAUGCAAAUCAAUCCAGCUCAAUUGGUGUAAGAGGAACUAUCGGCUACACUCCUCCGGAGUCUGGUUUGGGAAAUGAGGUGUCUACUAGCGGCGAUGUCUAUAGUUUCGGGAUCCUUUUAUUUGAGAUGUUUACAGAUAUAGAUGAAGAGGAGACUAAUGAUACGAGUAGUAGAGUAAUGUUGGAGGCCUUGACUUCGAUAUUUGGAGUAGCACUCUCUUGCUCAGCUGAAGUGCCGCGAGAACGGUUGGAAAUGAGUGAUGUUGUUGCAAAGCUAUCAUCGAUAAGGAGCAAGUUCCUUGGAACUCGUUUACGACAAAGGAGGAUCAAAAGAGUGAUCGAUGUCGAAUUGAGUCAAGUUGCUCUGCCUUUGAGGAAGUUUGUGUAA